ACAAGCGCGUGUUAACAAACAUUUAUCUUCGUUUCCAAUUAUUGUUAUAUUGCACAUGUGUGGUCUAGCAGUAUCGUGCUUUCUUCUGUUCUUUCUUUCUUGCUUUUUUUUUUCUUGCACUGCUCCCGGGAUCACAUGCCCAGGUUAACAAGGAUGUUCUGCUUCCAAAUAACAUCACUUCUAAUCCCUAUAUUUCUCCUCGCUUUCGUUAUCAGCACACGAGAAAACGGUAGGUGUCCGUUCUGGCAACCGUCCGGUGAAGGAGGACGCGACAAUCUAAACCAACCUAUAGUUCUACUCGAAUUAUUGAGCACCACGGGGUCUUGAGCCACUACUACGCAUAAACCCACUGUUCAUGCCUUAGGGCACAGAGCACUCCAGGGACCUUAGAUUGUCGCAAGAGCUCACAGGUCACCUAUCUCAUCGCCACAGCGUAGCCUCUGCGCGUUGGCAGCCUUCGCGCUGUUAUGAUCGGCCCUCGCCUGCCGUGCAAUCAAAGGCAGGCGACCGUAUAGCCCCAAGGUACCGGCGUUGACACGCUCCAGCGGCAAGGACGGCGGCUUUUACACUUUCGUCGCGGAGAAAGAGAGCUAGCGACGCUACAUUCACGCACCUAUACUCCCUGUCCUCAUCCACAUCCCCCAUAAUAAGCUCUUCGUCCUCUUCGCUCCCCGUGGCAGAGCAGUAUAGCAAGCUGUACGAGAGCGAGGCCGAACUCGUCACCUUUUCUUGUGCAAUUUCUCCAGCUCUCUAUCAAAUUACAAAGAAAUGAGGUAUCAGCGCAGGUGCGCAGCUAUACAAACACGCGCAUUACAGAACGAAACACUCGGCACUUGACAUUUCCCGCACCCCGAGUUUUCCCCUCCUUCUCUCUCUCUCGCUCUCUCUCACAGCUCGACGCGUGUCUGCUCCGCCGGGUCCAGGCAUCCCCUCGAUCCGUGGCUCUCGCUCUCCUCUGCGGAGGAACCCGCAGCCCCGAAAAAAAAAAAAACGAAAAAAAAAACGCGGGAUUCGCGGGAUACUCAACGCUGCGCAGGCGCAGUGGAGGACCACCGCGACGUCGGAGAGCUUCUUUCCCUCUCUCGCACGCACAAACACACGCACUGCACCGCGGGAAGCAGGAACACGCACCAUCACCGACGUAGGGCCCGCGCCUCCCGGUCCACACUGCGCGGUUCGCCUCCGUCGCACGCGCGCGCGGGAAAACCCCGAGAGGCCGGCUUCUACUCCUACCUCGGACCGCCGCCUUACAGCUUAGUACGCUUUGUGCUCUGAGGAAAGCCUGGCAAUAUCGGAACAACGGUUCGGCCUUUGCACGGAGCCUCGCGCUAACAACGGGAGCGAAGGAAGGACACCGGAGCCGCAGUGAACGACGACGAACGGAGCGUGAAUACGACAGCGUCGUCGGUCCCGGCAGCGGCCCUUGCCGGCACCAGGCCUAGCCGCCGGCGACUCGAUCGCCGGGGGUACGCCGGCGUUCCCUCGUCGUGGCCGACGUCGGCGCGGCGCUGCCACACGAGCCGCCCGCGCGCGCGCUCCUUUCUCAUUCUCGCGUAGAAAGACGAGCCGCCGCCGCAGUUGUUCGUCAGUCACGCGCCUUUCCUCCGCAGCCAGCCGGCGGCGGUCGCCGCAGCUGCUCCUCUUUCUUCGCUAACCAAAACCAAGCGGCGGCUGCGCAGUGCCAGGCCGAACGAAGGCACGACACGGCGGUGGCUGCGGCAAUCGAAGUUCGGUACCCGCGUCGAGGCGCAAAGGGACCUCCUCAACUGUCGCCGGUGCAAGCUUGACCGCACGUAGGAUAACGACCCGGCCCCCGAGAGCGGUUCAGAGUGCUCUGUUGUGCUUGUGGCGGUGUCCGGAACAGGAUGGAUUUCUUCUGAACCAGAGGGAUGCACUGGCGUCGGAAACGGUCGCCGAGUGCCGUCGUGGGCGCUGCGAUUCGAUGAUUCCUGGUGCCGCAUUCGCUGGCUUCGCGGAUGAGGUCACCUGAGCGCUUCCCGUCAGAGGAGCAGCAGCCGCGCCAGCAGCAGAAGCCGUCAUGAGCCCGUCCUGGCUGCCCCGUUUCCGGCCCCUGUUUUUGCUGGUGACGGCGCUCAACGUGCUGCUCCUCUACAGCGUGGGCCACUAUCUGUGGACGCCGUGGUCCGCGGCCGUGUCCUCCUCGUCCGCGGAGGGCUCAGGCUCUGCCGCCGGCGCCUGGGAGCGGGCCACGCCGGUGGGACACCGCAUUCGAACCGCGGGCUGCACGCUGCCCCAGUUCGACGCGUUCGACCCCUCUGUCAGGCCGUACUUUCGGCGCCGCUCGGAGACGCGACGGUGCUACGGGAGACCGAACUUCCUCACCGUCAGGGAUGGAUUUCCGGCCAUCAUUGAUGAAAAUCUCAAAGAACAUGGCGUGCUUCCGAAGGACCUCGUGUGCUUCUACAAAGAAAUCUACCGAAAUGAAUCUUUGAAGAAACCCGACGAGAAGUACUUGUAUGGUUCCAGAGAGCGACUCCUGUUUGACGAACCGCUGAGGAAGGAGUUCCUCUUCGUCGAAUGCGCCACGAGGCAGUCUCCGGAGCAGUCGUUUCACGACCAGUUUCUCCUCAACCCGGUGAUCAAAGGCAGUGUCGAGGAACGCUGUCGCACGGCGCCCGCCGGAACGCCGCACAACCUGAGCGUUCUAGUCCUCGGUCUCGACUCGGUCUCGUACUUAAACUUGGACAGACACCUGCCGGAAACCGCGAAGUUCGUUCGCGAAAAGCUGGGUGCUUUCGAACUCUAUGGAUACAACAAGCUCGGGGACAACUCGUAUCCGAACCAAGUUCCCCUGAUCAUGGGCCUCAAGGACCACGAGGCGACCAAGGCCGCUCCAGAUGGGUUCUACGACGACCUGAGUGGCCGGUUCAUUUGGCAGCUGUAUGGCGAACGGGGUUACCGGACUAUGUUUCUCGAGGAGUCGCCGUUCUACGGCCUCUUCAACUACUUCAGCCAGGGCUUCCGGCGCGCACCGGCCGACUACUACCUCCGACACGUCAUCAUGGCCAUGGACGACUCGCCCAAGAAAACCCAAGACUGGCAGCGCGUCCGCUGCUUGGGACCCACGAUGCCGUUCGAGGAGCUGCUGGACUACCUCGCCCGCUUCACGGACGUGAUGGCCGAGCGUCCUUUCUUCUCCUACACCUGGAUCAGCGAGAUCACGCACGACUCGCUGAACAGCGCGGGCUACGCAGACGAGCCCUUCCGGCGACACCUGGAAACUUUGUACUCUUCCGGCACGCUCAACCACACCGUUCUCGUCUUCCUCAGCGACCACGGCUUGCGGUUCGGCGACGUUAGGGCAACUUACAUCGGCAAGUUUGAGGACCGCCAGCCCUUCGCCUUCGUGGUCUUCCCGCCGUGGUUCCUCGAGCAGAACCCAGAAGCGGCGCGCAGUCUGCGCGCCAACCAGCGCCGCCUCACCACUCACUUCGACGUGCACGCCAUGCUCGUCGAGCUGCUCGACUACCCGAACGCCGAGCGACCAAACUCCACGUACGGACUCAGCCUGCUGCACGACGUGCCCGAGACGAGGACGUGCGCCGACGCGUCCAUCACGCAUCACUGGUGCGCGUGCAACGCCCGCUCCGACGCCGCCGUUUCCGGUGAGCUGGCCUCGACGCUGGCGAACCACUUCAUGUCCAAAAUCAACGGAUGGGUGGCCCAGGCAGCGCGGAAGUGCGCCGAGUACAAGCUACUGCAAGUCAUGGACGUGACGGCGCUCCAGGCGACCCCUGCUGAGCGUGCGACGAACACAAGUCACUACUGGGUGACCAUCAAGCUUUCUCCGGGCGAGGCCGUGUUCGAGGGCACAGUGCGUGUGCAGGGAGACAAUGUGACGGUGAUGAAGGAGAUCAGCCGUUGCAACUGGUUCGCGGGCCUGUCCUACUGUGUCCGCAACCACUGGCUCGAGAAGUUUUGCUAUUGCCGUCGGACGGUCGGAGAGCUGGUUUGAUGUUGGCGGUCCUUGUGUAGACCGUUAGCUCAUUCACCGUCGAGAAUGUUGAUCCGCAGCGUUAAUUCCCAUAAGCAGCAGCACUGCCGGAACAGAAGGUGUAUAGGCAUCUACAAGGCUAUUUACUUCCUUCUAGUGAGUAUUCGCGUAGUAGAUUGGCAGUGCUAUGGGCUUUUGCGUGACCGUGUUAACCAGCGCUAAAGCAUCCGUUGUAAAUAGACCGGACUUUCUCCAAAUGUGAUAUACCUCCUAGGAGGCGACGGCAGACCUUUCUUCGCCUUCGCCAUCAAACCCUCUUUGACGGUUGUGCCGUGCUGAAGCAGGUUAGUGGGAGCUCUUUCCGCCUAAUACUGCCUGCUCCAGCACCGAGAUAUGCAAGGUUGCUCCUUUUUUGGCAUAGGAAUCGCGUACAGCGUUCGUUGCCUUAGCGCAGGGAAGAUAAUCCAGCCUCAACUACAUUCACAAUACUGUAACCUGACUUGAUCAAACCGCCAUUUCGGGGAUGCAUGGCGCGAACUUCCUUUAAUCGGUGUACCAAGCGUGUGCAAACUAGUCGCUUCCACGAUUGUUCGCCGUCUCCCGACGUGACCAGCCAGGAAAUUUUUAGCCUCUCCGCAUACGUAUUACCAUUUGCGGAAUAAAGGAAUACCGGAGACGCAAACGGGGAGCAGCAGCGCUGGUGGCGCCAUGUGGUGACGCUGAGUUUGAGUAGAACACACCAUAGAGUUUCCUACAAAAUUCUUGUAGGAAACUCUAUGGAACACACAAAACAUGGCUCCAAGAUCCGAUGGCGCGUGUUGAUUUAGACCGCGCGUGCUGCCCGAUCUCAGAUUCAGUGCACAAAACUCGUGUUAUACUUAGUUUCUGGCGUAAAAGCGACAAGCACCAAAUGCAUUUUCAUUUCAGCGACGACACUCAUGGCACAUGAAGCAUCUUUAAUGCGCUGCGGUUGAAUAACAUGUUACAAGAUGUCGCCAACAGUGUGGCUGCCGUCCGUCUAUGUAUCCGCUCUUUCGGUAUUCCGUAAACAGUAAACCUAUAUGGGCAGGUUACGUUUCCGGUGCCGGUAGAUCGCACGAGACAUUCUCGGCACUUUCGCUCAUUUGAGCUUUCCUAUGCGUACAGAACAUCGGGCUUCACAUAUUCGCAGCCGAGCCCAUUUCGGGGCGUGUACUCCCGUUAGGGUACCGUAAGCGUUGCCCGUUGUUAUUAUGUAAUACUCGUUGCCAUAUUUUGCAGCGUGCAGCGCAUGUGACGUAAAAUCAUUUCUUAUGUUUAUUUGUUUACUUUGGUUGCAAGGGCUGGAACCGAAUACUAUGUAGUCCAAAGACGCUGCGACAUUUGUUUUACAGUGACCGCGCCAAAGAAGGUGCAUGAAAGUGCCAAAAGAACGCAGGCGUCAUCAUUGAUUUUAGGAAAGUUCUCAGACCUCUCAUCUCAUUACGCUGCGCAUUAUGAAUCUCCAUUUUCGUUGCGGUGGUAGUAAAGCCGAUUUUGCCUGUGAAUACAGUGCAUACUUACAAUAUGGGUCGGGCGUGUGCGCAUCUGCCAAGCCGCCAUAUAUGAAGCUUCAAUUCUUCAAGCCCGUAGGCAUGAUAGUAAUGAAGACUUUCAUUUUGGGGCGACUAUAUAGUGACCAUUCCCUCUCUAUUCAGCUUGGAUUCGCGUAAUGAACGAGUGAAAGUUCAAUCACAAGAAGGAAAAAAAAUCACUUCAAGGCCACAAGAACGGGCAGUCCCGCUCACAUCCCAUCGUCUUCCUGCUGUGGUCUCGAAAGAGUCUUCCAAGGCAUAUGACCCCACGUGACGGACAGUCUCUACGCUAAUUACGGUCACCGAGCAAUUAGCGGCUGGUUGUGCGUUCAAAUAGACCGGAAAGUUCGUUGUUGCCAACGACGCGCCAACCAAAUGCGGUCAGAGAGUUAUUGGGUUCGUCACUAUGACUUUAGCAGAGCUUUCCCCCUACGAAUGCCAUCAUCUUUCGGCAACGCUCACUUUACUUGUAGGCCUAUCUACCAUUCGCAGUUUGCUAACAGGCUUUUCAACCUUUACUUCGCUGCUUGACGAGUUGCAUUCAGCCAUUAAAGAACAAAAUUGGAAAAAAAAAA